GGUUUUACGAACAUUGAAUAACGCAGCACGCAACGUUUUGUUUCGUUCGAAGGUUCGUUGUUGAUCGUUCGCCUCGGCAUUCGCCAGUCUCGACUGAGUCAAAACGAUCGCGUGUGUUGUUAUUUUUGUAUCGAAACAAGUGUUCAUAUUAGAAAAAUGGCAAAGUUAUCCAUUUUUGUGCCUGUUUUAUUAGUGGCUUCGUUUGUUGCGUACGGUGAGGCAGUCCGAUGCUGGACAUGUUCGUCGGACCUUAACCCGUACUGCAACGACCCGUUCGUGCCCAGUCUAGCCGACACAUCGGGUCUGUUCCGCCUCGAAUACUGCGACGCCAACACUGGCGCCACCUACCCCUACCUCACCACAUCGAAGUCAGCGUGCAAAAAGCAGAAGAAAUACAUUGCGGGUAACCUAGUGAUAUCUCGUGGCUGCACGUGGAAACGUCAAGAUGACUACUCAACCGCCUGCGCAGCUUCGUCGACCGGUGCGAACGAAGUCACACUGUACUGCGAAACCUGUGAACACGACGGUUGCAACGGUGCUUCGACCAUGGGCAUAACUAUGGCCCUAAUUAUGGCUCCUUUGGGCCUUUUACUGUUUAAGUAACAAUAUGUACAAUAAUUUAUUGUUGGGGACCAUGCCAAUAGUACCUACAGUGCCCACCGUAUAAAUCUGCAGCAGGUUUAGCACAGAAGUACUGAAAGUAACAACAUUCGACCAUUUUUCAGCAAAUUUUAACGUAGCCUGUGAAAAUAUAUGUGUUAAUUUAAGUAUGUAGGCACUUUUAAAACUUUAGUUAACAAUAAAUUGCUUUGUUAACAAAAAAUAAAUGAAUCUCAAUGUAGCUUGAGUUUGCAACUUUUCCCACAAACUUCCCAUUCAAUCACAAAUGUAUGUCAUUAAUUAUUAUCGAAUGACAAAAGAAAGACGUAAGUUCUAUCUGUAAUAUAAUAUCUUUAUUGCGCUAAUCCUGUUGCAUUUAAUAUUUUUGUGGUUCAAUAUAUUUAAACCUUAAGCCGUCUCUUUAAUGGUCUAACAUUUGAACAAUUACAGACGAAUACUUUUGUGGACAAAGAUCUCUAUGUCUAAAGAAGUCUUAUAAUUUGAGUAUAUUUUUUUAAUCAUCCCCGAGAUUUUACUAGUUUUAGGUACAUUCAGUGCGUACCUUUAUAGAAUUUAAAGAAAUACUAGACAUUUAAUUAUGUGCUACCCAGUGCUGAAUAAGGUUACAUAUUACAGCAUUACGUUACAAAAGAAUUACAUAAUUAUUUUAUACUUAAGGAACUUCUCAUAAUAAUAAUUUAUAAUAAAUACCAUACUAUAUUAUGCUGGAUUUAUUGAUAUCAUUUUUUUUAAUCUUCAUAAAUAGGAAGGCAUGAUUUAAAAAAAAAUCUUUGUACCUACUAAGUACCUACCUACUAAAAAUACGUGUAAUUCUGUUGAAUCAAUGAAUAACAAAUAUAUAGAUAAUUAAUGAAUUUCUAACAGUGGUGUAAUUAGGACUGGUUAAAUGCUUCUGGCUCACAGCCCCCAGACUUCGAAGCCAUGAGUUCUGAACUAACAAUUAAAAUCAAAACGUCACUUUUGUCUUUUCCCUAUGGGAAAGAAUAAACAAAAAAAAUGUCACUAUAACCCAUGGGCCUCAUCGAUGAAUUUGCACGCUGGUCUGAUGUUACAAUUACGCCACUGAAUACUAAGUAGGUGCAGUAGGUAAAUAAGUAUCUAAUAAAGUAAAAUUAUAACUACUUUGUUAACUUCACAUAAUCGGCAUCCAAAAGAGAAUAUUUUCAAUUUAGGUAGGUACUACACGUACAAAUUUUUAAAAUAACGUACUUUAAGUAAAACAAAACACGAUUUUCAUAAACGCACCAGUAAGACUAUUUUUCUCUUUAACUAACAUUAAAUUUUAUAAACCUUAAUAAUAGGGAAUAUGUAUGUGAUUUUAUUUGUAUUCCUUUGAGCUGUGCAUGUUCAUACUCACCCGACAAAUUCAAAGUAACAGAAAGUGUUUUAGACGCCAUUUUGUGAUAGUGGCGCCACGAGCAGCUUAAAUACGAGGUGACAAAAUGAAAAUUUGAAAAGAGCACCUCAAAAUCUAUAAAUUUAGCCUUUUUCAAAACUUCCGGAAAUCAUUACUAUAGUUAUCCUUCACUUUUUGGACCAAAUGACUGUAGCAAGGCGUUUUAAAUGUUUCAAAUAUGUGAGACACUUAACGAGUUUAUCUUGUAGAAAAUAAUGUUUUAUUUCGAGAUUUUACUUUUUUAAAGAAAAUAUAUGCAUAUUUCCUAUUGUAGCUAAUGUUUAUCAUCUGUUAUGAAUAUAUUUAAAGUGUUUAUUUAAAGUAAUAAAUAUAUAUUUGUAAGGCUGGUUUUACAGUCACGCCGCUAGACGCGCCGUUGGACAGCGCGCUGUUGGACAGCGCGCGUUUGAACAGCGGUGCACCAACUAGUACGGCGCUCCUCAAUUAGUACGGCGCGUUUCGCUGCUGUGAGACAGUCGUGUACAAACAGAUACAAAAUGAACGGCAAUGCGGUUAGAGUACUGGCUAUUUACUUUUUAUGGAAAAAAAGGCAACAAAAACGUCGAAGAACAGUAGGUGUUGAUCCUUAUAACGCUACAAGGUUACUGAGAGGCGAACACGUAACAUCUUUCUCUGAUUUACGAGAAAAUAGUUAUAAAUUUUAUAAAUAUUUUCGCCUAUCAACCAGCAGUUUCGACGAAUUACUGUGCAAGUUAGAGUUUUCUUUACGAAGAUCCAGCAUACGUCGCAUCCCCAUAGCUCCAGUGGAAAAAUUGGCGAUUACUCUAAGGUAAGUGAAAUAAAAGAGUAGGGUUUGUAAUAAAUGAUAAUAUUUGUUUGGUUUAUUUUAAUCACAGUCGUAUUUUAAUUACAACCUAACACACUUAUUCAUAAAUGCUGAUUAAACCUAUUUUAGUUAAAAUGGUCUUAAAAUCGGAAUCUUCUCUUUCAUUUUGCAAAUGUAGAAAAGAAACAAAACACUUGUAAAACCUAUAUUAAUCUCACUCGUUUUUAAUGAAUAAGGGCAUUAUUUUAAAUCACAGUGUUAUUAUAAUCAUUGACUUAUUUUAAAUCACAGUCUUAUUUUAAUCAUAAUCUUAUUAAUAAAUGUUUCUUACCUAAGUCUGUAUUGAAAUUUUCACAACACAAUUCCUUUCCAAUUUCUUCCCAGGCUUUAUUUUUUGCGUCCUUAUUCUUAUAAAAAUCAUCGGCCGGGUCCCAUAAACAUCUUCUAAUUCGCACUUCGUCAAUUACUCGACCCGUAUCGAUGUGAUUCAUUUUGUACACAACAGUACCUAACGGCACGUCUCAACGGCGUGAGACUAAAACGCACAAUGGCCGUAGAAGCGCACGAGCGGCGCGCGCUUCGACCGCGUCGCGCGAAUAGGACGCGUUCAACGAACGGCGCUGCUCAAGCGCGCGAAUUUGAAACGCUACUAAUACCCCAAUACAUAUCCGAGCGCGCGCGCUCCGACGGCGCUGCCGAAACGCGUGACUGUAAAACCAGCCUAAAUAAGUAAUUAAACGUAUUUUUAUGAUUAACCUUUGCUAUUUCAUUACUAAAUCACUAAUCAUUAUCACCGUUCAUUUGUUGAUUUGUAAAUUUUGUGACUGUUUUGUCUUCAUAAAUGAUCUUUAAAUAAAAUGUUUGAAAUAUUUCUAAGUCUUAUAAAAA